GAUCUGAUCGAGACUGCGAACAAAGAACAUAUCUCUGAUGCGCCAGAGCGAGCCAAUUCCACCUUAAAUGCCAUUCGCGUCUGUGGCGGGGACCUAGGCGCCAUCUUCGGUCCACCUUAAGCGCACAAUGUGGCCAACAAACGCAAGCGUACCAGCCAGGCUUCCGUCCUCAUUCUCCAGCCGGGGAUCGCACUCUGGCUUCCCAGCUUUUGACACAGCGUCACUUGUGAAACAACAGAGGGGAAUAAAGACGCACUCGGGCCAAACCCCAUCCGCACCAGCAGGAGAAGAUGUCCGAGCCCAAUAAGUACCGAGAGUGGAUCCUGGAAACAAUCGACUCUCUCCGCUCGAGGAAAGCUCGUCCGGAUCUCGAGAGGAUUUGUCGAAUGGUCCGGAGACGACACGGGUCAGACCCGGACCGAACCAGGACAGAACUGGAAAAACUGAUUCAAGAGCAGACUGUGCUCAAAGUUAGCUACAAAGGGUCCAUAUCGUACCGAAACGCGGCGAAGGUGCAGAGGAAAAGCAGAAAGAAGAUUGAGUUUACGGCCGCUGGCAGCAGCAGCAGCAGCAGCAGCUCCAGCGCGGAGGCAGCGAGGGAGCGGACCAAACACGACCAUCUGAACAACAACGGCGACAGUGCGCACAGCUUCACCGACCAGGAGGAGGACUCUGAGCCCAGCCCAGAUCCUCACACUCAAACAUCAACCAACACCACCACCACCGACAAGAAGCUCAAGUCUGCCUCCAGCCCGAGUAGCGGAAACGUGAGUCUCAGUUGUGGCGCAACAACGGGCUGCGCUGUCGGGAGCGGCUGUAAAGAGGAGAAAGCAAGUGCAUCGAGAGACAAGGGAUUAGGACACCAGGGAGUGGGGGACUGCCCGUCGCCCGGUCACGGCCACAGAGCAAGCGCGCACGACGGCGGUGAUGCCAGCGGGACAACACCGAGCAGAGGCGAUGCAGUUCAGGGAGGAAAGCAGCCAGGUUUGUCCGGAGCUGACACCCAGAACAAAACUUGCCCAGGAAGCGUCAGCAGCCUCCCUCAGCAGAGGCAGAAGCAGACUGUGUCCCUCCAGCCCAAACUUCGAGUCGGAGGAGGAGGCACCAAAACAACGGGGAACCACGCCAACAACUCCGACCUGGGCGACAGAUUGGUGGCUUCUGUUCGCAGCCUGUCCGAGAGGAGCCUCCGAGGGGGCUCCGCCGCCGCGGCCAGAGGCCACAUGAAGCCGCUCGGGCUGAAGGAGAUUUUGGGCUAUCUGAGCAGUCAGGAGCGGCUCUCAGAGGAGAAGCUGACCCGAGGCAAAGUCAAAGUGGUCAUGGAGAAGGAGGUGGCGAGAGGCCGGCUGCGCAGGACCCGCUGCGGGAACAUUACUCUUCCUCUGAGGGGGAUGGUGGUGGAGGAGCCGAUGCCGAAGAAUGCGUCCGCUGGCAGACCUGUAAAGAGCGCACUGCAGGACAAGCACUCCGCGAAAAAGGAGAAUGAGCCCAUGGAAACAGCCAGUGAAGAAGAAGAACGGGGAGAGAAUGAGGAAGAGGAGGAGGAGGAUCACAGGAGUUCUGAUGAGGAGGGAGGACUAUCCCCGGUAGUCAUGACAACCGAACCAGGCCUCAUUGGGAAAACCACAGAAGAUGCUGAGAACCAGACAGCAUCGAAGCCGGAAAGCCCCCAUCAGGAGCAGGAGUGUGGCAAAGGGAUGGAUUCCCCCACCAGGAUAUUGUGUCCGCCUGUUCACGGAGCUUCUCUGUCACCAUGUAUCAGUGCACAUCCAGAGGAGAGACCCAUCACCACUGAGCAGUUACAUUUGGAGGCACAGAAUCAGAUGCAGUCAGGCAGAAUCAACCACACCUCCUCGGGCUUUAACAGCUUGGAUUGUAAGACAGAGGUCGGCGUGUCGUCCUGCCUGCUCACACCCACGGCCUCCCCGAGAGACUCUGGCCUGUCUGAGGAACGAGGGAUGAACGGAGGAGUUAAUAGUGGAGGGUUCAUCAAGUCUGAGGGUGCCAGUGGAAGCCCAGUGGACUGGACAGUGUCUGAUGUGGUCAGUUAUUUCACAGCAGCAGGUUUCCCCGAGCAGGCUGCUGCCUUCAGGACCCAGGAAAUCGAUGGAAAGUCCCUUCUCCUCAUGCAGCGUAAUGAUGUUUUGACUGGCCUGUCAAUCAGGCUCGGCCCUGCCCUCAAGAUCUAUGAGCGUCACGUAAAGGUUUUGCAGAAAACACACUUUGAGGAUGACGACUGCUAACGAUACACGGAAUACAGAGACUGUUAUGUUUAUAUCUACAUAUAGUGCAAUUAAUCAUAUAAAAAUGCAUGCAUGAUAUAAAAUACACUUUUUUAUCUCAUGUCCAACAACACACACACACACACACACUUCUUCCUGGCCCUCUGCAGCUGCUCUGGUUGAUGAACAACUAAAAACAGACAUUUUAAUAUGCAGAGGUCCAAAAACAGUCAUGCAAUUUCUCUCUUUUUUAAAAAAAAAAAAUUUACAACAAUCAAGCACUUUGCAAUUUCUCGAUUAAACUGUGCGAGUGGUUUUGUUUUGAUGUACUGUUAUUUCGUGCUGAACUUUUAUGCACGUUUUGAAAGAGGUCGUGGUGAUUCUGUAUGGAGGUAAAUUCCGUUUUUUUUGUCUUUCGAGGCUGUGUUACGAGGGUUUUUUUCUCGCUGCGGGUGCGUGUCUGUCCGUACACACAUACUGCAUGUGUGUGAACAGCAACAAAUUACAAGAUGACCAGAUUAAAGAGGUACUGCACACUUCAACGUGUUUUUUGAGCUGUAAACUAAAUUUUGUGACUCCACUAUGAUGAAACACAUCAAUGCUGGUGUUAAU